UAUUCUAAAUCAUCAUGAACUGAUGAUUCCAGCCGCUUGGAUUUUGGUUGGAUGCGGGAUUAAUGUUCAGUGGGAGGGUUCAUCGGGACAUUUGUGCCCCCCAGGAGGUCAGUCUGAAUGUGGCCCCUCCAGGACGUAAUUUACAUCUGAAAUAAACGCUUCCUUCAGUUGUUGGCUCCUGAAUCACCACAUGAGGGCCUCCUCUCUGCGUCCUCUCCGCCGCCUCCAAUCCUCUCUCCUCAUUGCGAUCCUCUGCCAGAUCCCCCCUCCUCUUCCUCUUCCUCCUCCUCCCUCCUGUCUGCCCCUCUCAGGCCGCGGAGGGGAGCAUUCACACCCCGCUGUCUGCGUUUAGCGGACGGGGCUCCCAGUCUCUUCGUGAACCGGAGGGAGAUGAACGGCAACCCGUGUGCCCGCAGGCUGGCCCGCCGCUCCCGCUCAGCCCUGCUGCUCGCCGCUGUGUCCGUCCUGCUGAUCCAGACUCUCAUCGUGUGGAACUUCAGCAGCCUGGACUCUGCUGGCGGGGACACCGGCGCCAGGAGCCGGGAGAAGAGGGACGACCGGACCGGGGGGUUCAACAAAGCCGACAAGGAGCGCCGGUGGAGGGGGCUGCAGAAGAAGGAAGACCCGCAGCUGCUGCACGGGAAGGCGGCUGUUCGACACAAGCUGCGGGCGGAUGUCCACCAUCCCCUUCGUCCUAAAGAGAAGCUCCAUCCGGACAGCAACAACAACGAGAACUCUGUCCCCAAAGACUUCGACACCAUCGACAGCAACAGCAACCUGGGAGCGCGAUCGCAGCGUCAGCGACUACGAAAGCUGGAAAAGAACCAAAGCAUGCUGGGAAACGAAGUCCUAAAGCACAUUCCCAACCUUCCUAAAGUUCACAACCAGACCCACAUCCAGAAGGCCCUCCCACAUCUCCAAACUCUUCCAGCGCCGGCUCAGGGGUCCAAUCAGGAUCCCCUGUUCUUCCAAACGAAGACGCCCGGUUCACCUCCGCUGCCACCGGGUCUGGAGCCGCAUAAGGAGCAGCCACAGUGUGAAAUCAGCGGGAAAGAGGCAAUUUCUGCUUUGUCCAGAGCCAAGAGCCGGGAGUGCCGGCAGCAGAUAGUUGAGGUAUACUGCAAGCACAAAGAGAGGGCGCUGAUGCCUGAGAAGGUUCCUCGUUUCUGCCCCAUAGAAGGUAAAGCUAGCGUGAACGUGCAGUGGGACGACAGGGCAGCCUCUGAUGGUUCUCCGCCUGUUCGCGUCGCCUUCGUCCUGGUCGUCCACGGCCGAGCCUCACGCCAGUUUCAGCGGCUCUUCAAAGCCAUCUACCACACCUCGCACUUCUACUACGUCCAUGUAGACGAGAGGUCUGACUACCUCCACAGAGAGGUUCUGUCUCUGGUGGGUCGGUUCCCUAACGUCAGAGUCACUCCCUGGAGAAUGGCGACCAUCUGGGGUGGAGCCAGUCUCCUGACAAUGUACCUGCAGAGCAUGGACGACCUCCUCAAAAUGACAGACUGGUCCUGGGACUUCUUCAUCAACCUCAGCGCUGCCGAUUACCCCAUCAGGUCCAACGACCAGCUGGUGGCGUUCCUGUCCAAAUACCGCAACAUGAACUUUAUCAAGUCUCACGGCAGAGACAACGCUCGUUUCAUCCGUAAACAGGGUCUGGACCGAGUCUUCUACGAGUGCGACACCCACAUGUGGCGUCUUGGAGACCGCAAGAUCCCGGAGGGCGUGUCCGUAGACGGAGGUUCUGAUUGGUUCCUGCUCAGCCGGCCGUUUGUGGAUUACGUCGUGAACUCCAGGGACGCGCUGGUCAGCAACAUGAAGCGUUUUUACGCCUACACGCUGCUGCCGGCAGAGUCAUUUUUCCACACUGUCCUGGAAAACAGCGUCCACUGUGAGACCAUGGUGGACAAUAACCUGAGGCUCACCAACUGGAACCGCAAACUGGGAUGUAAGUGCCAGUACAAGCACAUAGUGGACUGGUGCGGCUGCUCUCCAAACGACUUCAAGCCUUCAGACCUGCCCCGGUUCCAGCAAACCUCCAGACCCACCUUCUUUGCUCGGAAGUUUGAGGCCAGCGUCAGCCAGGAGAUCAUCAGCCAGCUGGACGCCUUCCUGUAUGGAGCGUAUCCGUCCAGCACCCCGGGCCUCCAGGCCUACUGGGAGAACAUCUAUGAGCAGGAGACGGACGGACUCUCCAGCCUGUCCGACUCCAAGCUAAGCCACUACCACGCCUUUGCCCGUAUGGGACUGUCCCGCGCUGCCGGGUCAAUGCAGGGACAUCCCAAUGAUCACAGCUGCAGGUUUGUAGCCAUGAGCCACCCAACGUCCGUGCACCUCUACUUCCUGUCGGACCAGUUCCAGGGCUACCUGGUGCGUCACGUGGCCACUAACCGAGCCUCCACCCAGAUGGAGACCCUGGAGACCUGGGUGACACCCAAAGACCACUUCACCCAGGCCAGCCAGCCCCACACCAGCAACAGACUUCAGCACAUUCAGGUUGGGUCAGACUGGGAUCCAAAGGAGCGCCUCUUCAGGAACUGGGGGGGUCUGCUGGGACCCGAAGACGAGCCGGUGGCCGUGCAGCACUGGAGCCGAAGCCAGAGCAACCUGACUGCCACCAUAGUUUGGAUCGACCCCACCAACGUCAUCGCCGCCACCUACGACAUCUUAGUGGACGCGUCCGCUGAGGUCACCCACUACCGGCCACCGCUCACCUCGCCACUGCGGCCGGGCGUCUGGACGCUGAGGGUGCUUCACCACUGGAACCUGAUGGGUCAGACCAGCUUCGUCGUAGCUCCGCAGGAGUUCCACCGACAGCAGCCUAUUCAGAAAGAGCACACCCUGCGGCUGCACGCCGGUCCGGCCCGGAACUCCUACAUGGAGCAGAGCUUCCAUGGUCUGAACCCGGUGCUGCGGCUGCCGGUGAGUCUCAGCGCUGUGGAGGAAGCCGAGGCGAACUCUGGCCUGACGGGGGCGCCGCUGAGACGCUGGCUGGACGGGCUCCUGGAGGGCCACUGGUCCGCCUCAGACGUCUGCUCGCUGGGCCCCAGCGCCUGCCCCGUCAUGCAGAGCUGCCCCCUCACCACGUGGAGCUCUGCCAGCCCCGACCCAAAAUCCGAACUGAGCACACCCAGAGAGGACGGACGGAUCAGGUAGCAGCCAGAUGGACAGGAGAGGACGGAUGAAGGAAGACACGUUUGUGUCUGAUAUUUAUUUAUUUAAAGGUUGCAGGAACAGUGGAAGAGAAUCCAAACUCGGUCUGAUCCCACUUUAUUUUGGGAUCAUGUGGCUGCUGAGCGGAGCGAAUGAAUGUCAGAACCAGAACUUCAUACCUCUUGUUGUUGAGUCUCCCUGCUGAAAGAGCUGCUUCACAUUGUAAUACUGAAAACAGCUCUGGAUGCAGAAAAUCUUCUAGAAAAUCCGAUUUAUUUCUUUAUUUAGUUGGACGUCGGCAGACAGGAUUUAAUGUUUAAACUGAAAUCUGUUCUGAUCUGGCAUUUCCAACAACUUCGGGCCUGUUGGGUUUUUACAGGGUUCCUGAACAGAUUCGGGAUGUAUGGAAGUGAAUUUAUUUCUAGUAUUUCACAGAAUAUAAACCAAUAGUAUUUUCAGUAAUCUAUUUAUUAGCAGAUAAAACUGUGAGUUAUUUUAGGCCUUUAGAACAAGUGAGUGAAGACAGAAACCAGAGCGCCUCCUGGUGGCACCUACAUGUAAAGGUGGACCACACUUGACAGGUAGAAACAUCGGUCCAGACCAGAUACUGUAAAUUACUUGUCUGAAUUUUUCACAAAAACAAUAUUUUCACGAAAAACCAGCUUUGUAAGUCUUAGAAAAUCUAACAAAAAAAAUGACUUUACUGAAGUUUCUGAUGUGAAGAUUUAAUGGGCUGUCUGAUAAUUAAAGCUUGACCAUGGUGCCAACAUUUACUGGAAGUUUAAAGAUUUAAAUGGAGAAAACAGACCAUCCAUUAUUUUUUCAGCUCCUGUUUCCUGUUUUCCAGACUUAUCUGGUUUUUCAGAUAAAAGCCACUUAAAAAUGUACAGGUUCACAAAGAUUUUUAGAGGGCAGACGUGCAGAAACUAGACCGGAUGGAUGAUGGAGGCACAGACGUAUAGGCUGAUGGAUGGAAAAGUGAAUAGAUUGAUGGACAGAUUAAUGGGAGGAAAAUGGAGGGAUUGAUACUUUUCUUUUACUUAUCCAGACCUGGAAAGUAAUUAAAUCAAAUUCUAUCCCUUUUCCAGACUCAGCAGGAAUUGUGUUCUGGACGUUUUCACACAGAGUCAAACUGGAGUCAGGGAGAAGUAAGAAACAACAGCAAAUUAAACGUUGUUUUCCUGCCUCACCCGGACUGUGUGCUGGAGGUUAUUUAUAUAAAGACUGUGUCAAAUAUAGAGAGCUACUGCUGUUGUACACACCAUGCACAGAAUGUUGCCAUGAUCGCCACCUGCUGGCAGGACAUGAUUACUUCAUGAUGUGUUGGAGUUACAGCGCUGUGGUCACCGUUGGGAUAUUUUACGAGCAGAUGAAUAAAAAUACAUCAGUGCAGAUCACCGUGAGAUAUUAAAAGUGAUAUUUUUUCACUAACUCAAAAUAAAAUGUCUGAGAUCUUUCCAAUUAAUUAUCUUCUAAACUUGUUUAAAGUUUUUCCUCCUGGACUCCAGCGGCUCUGUCUUGUGUGAACGUCGUUUUUUUUUUUUUUUUGUGCUAUUUUAAAAUCCUUCAAACUUGAAGUGAGCCGUCCAUUCAUCUUAAUCUUUACUACAGUUUUUUUCCUUGUGUGUGUGAGUCAAACAUCUAAGAACUGCUGAAGUAAUUUAUUCAAAGGUUUAUAUAAAUAGGUUUUUUUCGGUGUAGUUGAUUUGAAAGGAUUUGAAAGGCAGAUAUCUGGGAUUUGCUUUCUGGAGGAAAAUGUGUGCCUUUGUUUCUGACGGCUGUUUAAACCAUUAAAUGAUCCCGACCAUAGAAGAACCUCA